AUGGCCCUGUACUCAGUUCACUACAUCGAAUCACUCGAAGCUCGGGUUUCGGAUCUUCAGCAUGGAGCGACGGUGGCGACUGCCGGAAUGUCACUUGAUCAGCCGAUAGAUGGUCCCUCUCAACAACUUGGCGAUCCCCGGAUCACCAACGGGUUUUCCAACUCACGAAGUGGUCCGGAUCAGCUGGAAAUGACAUUCAUGGCCCCUCUAGACGACUCGAACAACAUCAUCUAUGGUCUGGAUAUGCUACAGUCAGACGAAAACCUCUUCUCCGUCAGCGAUGUGGCAAAUCACGACACAAGUGCGAACUCCGCCGCUCACAGCGAACCGGCCAUGCCAAUACACGUCCUGGGCCAGGGGUCUGCUCCAACGUUUGCAGAGGUGUCCGUCCACGAAGGUGCCGUGUUCUUUCAGGUCUAUUUCGAAACCAUUCAUCCGCGCUAUCCAUUUCUGGAUGUAGAAGAAUGCAGCCGAGGGUAUCAAGAUUGGAGGAUGGGCGAAAUCUUCCUGUCAAGCACUGAUGCCUGGAGAUCUUACCUCGUCAAAAUGGCACGUGAAAUCUUCGCCGUCGGCUCCCUUUUGCGUCAGGCAAAGCUCGACGGCUUCACGCGACAGCAACAUCACAACCUGAUGCUCCAAGCGCAGGCCGACCAGACCAUACUGACGGAUCACUCGUACAAGCCUCUAGUUCGCCUCCAAGCAAUGCUUCUUUACGCCAUUCACGCGCUGCACGGCGAAAGCACUCCACGACUGGGACACAUCAUUGGCGUGGCCAUGCGUUUCGCAGUGAUGAAAGGAUUCCACCGUCUCGUGCAAGACGGAACCGCCGAGACUGCAAUGGCCAUCAAAGCUUGGUGGUGUAUCUACAUGCUAGAUAAAGUGGUCGCUAUCACUCUUUGCAUUCCUCCCUACCCUCCCGAGGAAUGGAUCACGACGCCGGCAUAUGCCAACGGACUCGAGCCUCGAUACAUCAUGCCUUGGUCGUCAGACGUGCCCGGCGCAACUACAGGCUCAACGUACAAUUUCAAUCUCAGCUAUUACGCUCACAUGUGUCGCAUACGGCAAAUUCAUUCCAAAAUUUUGUCCGCCACGCAAACGAUGGCCCCCGAAGCCAGGGCAGAGUUCACGAAAGAAACUCGAGCCGCAGUUGAUAAGUGGUCACAAGAUGGCCAGAUGUACGGAUAUGGUCGUGUCAACACCGAAGGAUACGCAAGUUCUCUUGGGCUGACCCACGUCGCGGCCAUCACGCGGGUGAUUCUUUAUAGACUUAACCCUGCCGAUAUCGACUCGCCAGAUAUCGAUGAGAAACUCCAGGCUUGCUGCGACUUUGUCGGCAUCUUCCGAGCGCUGCAGAAGAAGCGCCAGAUCCCGAAGCACUGGGGCGAUAUGCUGUUCAGCUUCCAAGUCGGCGUGACAAUGGUUUAUAUCGUCUUUCGCCGGGCGGUCCCGAUUCCCAAGAAUGUCGACCGGGCCAUUCGCGACAUCGCCUCGAGUCUCGCGAUAUUCGCUGAUCGGUCGGAAAAGGCAGACGUCUACCGUGAUUGCCUGGAUGUGUUGGCCAACAGCAUCUCGAGAUCCUGCACAUCUGGGACAAUUGAUGAGGAGUCCCGGAGGGAGAUUUCUGGCAUGGUCCAGCAGAUCAUCGAGAAUGGCACCGCGCCCGACGUUGCUUUGAUGCUGUCGGCGAUGAGCCAACUUCCGGGUGACGGCUGA